CCAGGAAAAGCCGGAAGUCACCUCACACUUGGUAGCUCCUACGCGGCUAACUGGCUCUGAGUGGACUUUAGAUCCGCGCCGCGGUGUUCAGCGGGACGCGGGCGGACAGUCACCUCAGGGUUAGGGGGUGGGGCUCGACGUCAGGAGCCAAGAUGGCAGCGGUGGUUGGAGUCUCCUUGAAGCGCGGGUUCUCGGCCGUGACCCAUGGCGGAGCCUGCCUGCAGACCUGCCGUGGGGCCCAAACAGCUGCAGCUGUAUCUCCUCGAAUCAAGAAAUUUGCCAUCUAUCGGUGGGACCCAGAUAAGGCUGGGGAUAAACCUCGUAUGCAGACUUAUGAAAUUGACCUGAAUAAGUGUGGCCCUAUGGUAUUGGAUGCUUUGAUCAAGAUUAAGAAUGAAAUUGAUGCUACCUUGACCUUUCGAAGAUCGUGCAGAGAAGGCAUCUGUGGCUCUUGUGCAAUGAACAUCAAUGGAGGCAACACCCUAGCUUGCACUCGCAGGAUUGACACCAACCUCAAUAAAGUCUCAAAAAUCUACCCUCUUCCGCAUAUGUACGUGAUCAAGGAUCUCAUUCCUGAUUUGAACAACUUCUAUGCUCAGUACAAAUCCAUCGAGCCUUAUUUGAAGAAGAAAGAUGAAUCCCAGGAAGGCAAGCAACAGUAUCUGCAGUCCAUAGAAGAUCGUGAGAAACUGGACGGGCUCUACGAGUGCAUUCUCUGCGCCUGCUGUAGCACCAGCUGCCCAAGCUACUGGUGGAAUGGGGACAAGUACCUGGGACCUGCGGUCCUUAUGCAGGCCUAUCGCUGGAUGAUUGACUCGAGAGAUGACUUCACCGAGGAGCGCCUAGCCAAACUGCAGGACCCCUUCUCUCUGUACCGCUGCCACACCAUCAUGAACUGCACCAGGACCUGUCCCAAGGGUCUGAAUCCAGGGAAAGCUAUUGCUGAAAUCAAGAAAAUGAUGGCAACCUACACGGAGAAGAAAGCUUCAGCUUAGCUGUUUUCAUACUUUUCUUUUCCCUCUAUAACUUGUAACCAACUCACAGCUGAAUAUAAUUUAUAUCUCAUUUGACCUCCUUCAGGGUCUUGAUUUUCCAUGAAUACAGCAUGUAUAAUCAAACAUUUUAAGAAAUAAAUCAAUGUAAUUCUACUUUACUAACA